AUGUUUGAAUACCUGAAGACCACUACGGCUACCGGCCUGGGAUGCAUGUUCCUUGUCUCAAUGGGAGCUUUUCUUUUUGGCUUCGACAAUGGAUGGUGGGGGACUAUUCAAGGUGCAGAGGCGUUCCUUCGUGCCUUUGGAUCUUGUAGUCUGGUGGACGGGGUAGAAACUUGCAACAUCAGCACACCUCAAAAAGAUGCCGGUAGCUCUGUUCAGUCUGGCGGUAUCAUGGUCGGUAGCCUUGUAGCCAUGGAGCUGAACAAAGCUCUCGGCCGCAGGAAAUUGCUCGUUGUUACCGGCAUGAUCUCCAUUACGUCUUCGACCGAGGCUCGGGGAUUCGCGAUCAACAUGUAUCAAAACGUCCAGAUCAUUGGGUACUGCCUCGCUGCGGGCAUCGUCUACGCAAGCUCGAAGAGGGACGACGCUGCAUCUUACAUGAUUCCGAUUGGGCUACAGUUCUUGGCACCAGUGUGCAUGGUUACACUCUCGCCACUUCUGCCCGAGAGUCCGCGAUGGCUUGUUUGGAACGGCCGACGUGAUGAUGCGAUACGCUCCGCCUCGCGUUUAUUCGGAACCAAGACGAACGACUUCGACGCCGAGAAAUAUAUAAGAGAACUCGAGAUCGCAUUCGAGAAGGAACAGGCGAACCCUAAAGUCUCCUCUUGGAGAGAUCUAUUACACGGACCGGAUUUCCGGCGACUCCUCAUCGCGGUGGGCAUCCAGUGUUGGCUACAGGCCCAGGGCUCCGGGUACAUUGUUAACUACAUGGUCUCGUUUCUGCAGGACAGCGGCACAUCCGACGUCUUCCCCUUCAUCAUGGGCCUCAACUUCGUCUACUACGGCGGAAUCCUCACCGGACACUUCUUGCCAGAUAAUCAAGGCCGCCGACCCGUCAUCAUUUACAGCACAGCCGCAAAUGCCGUCUUUAUGCUUGUCAUUGCCAGCAUCAACACCGCGGUAUCGCCGUCAACACACACGUCUGGCGCUGCUUCGGUGGCCUUCCUGUUCCUUUGGCAGCUGUCUUCUGGCGUCAUGUCCCCUCUUAUCUGGAUCAUCUGCACCGAGGCUGCUCCGACCCGCAACAGGGAACGAGUUCUGUCGAUUGCCGUGUUCAUCAGCUUUGGUGUCUCCCUCAUGAUCACCUCUGUCUCGCCGUAUCUUCAAGACAAGGGCUACGGAAACCUUGGGGCGCGGAUCGGCUAUAUCUGGGGGGCUGCCUCAGUGUUAACUUCCGUCUGGUCCUACGUAAUGGUGCCCGAGUCCAAAGGCGUGUCACUGGAGCAACUCGAUUAUCUGUACGAGCAAGGUGUCCCUGCUCGCCGUUUCGGAAAAUAUCACUUUACCGAUGCCAUUCUUCCGGUUGAAAAGGUCGAGUCUGAGGUUCAAGUUCAAGAUGAGGUCGUCCUCGAACCAAAGAAGCACUAA